UAGAUCUCCUUCACUUUCUGCCCAGGGCUCAUCCCGUGGAGAUCGAAAAAAAUAUCAAUUAGAAUAACAAUGAAGAGCUUUUUGGUGAUUUUUGGAGUUGUAUGUGUCGCCCUGGUAAGGGCUGAAGUCGUGCAAUUUCAACCCUGCGUAUACCCCGAAGGAACUCCUAUCAACUGCACAGUCCACGAAUUGCGUAUAAAGCCCUGUCCAGAGUCUGCAGCGGCUAAACCCUGUCGAGUGAAACGAGGAACUGAUGCCAGCAUUGAAUUCGACUACUCAACAAACUUUUCGGCUAACACGCUGCAAGGGCGAGCUUACUGGGCCAAUAGCCUGGUGGACCUACCCUUCCUGGGGAUGACAACCGACGCCUGCUUGUCCACCCCCUGUCCAGUUAACCCCGAUACCAAACAGACUUAUAAAAUGAGUCUGCACAUCGACCACAAAUACCCAGCUAGGAGCUACGAUGUCAAGUGGAAACUGUGGAAUCAGCAGGAGCAGGAGUGCUGCAUCGUCUUCCAGAUUAAACUCGUUAAAUGAACAUAAUUUUUUUUUCAAUUCUGUGAAUGUAUUUACAUGUCUGGUCGUUUGUAAACACAACAAAAAUCAAAUUUUCGAACUUGAAUUACUUUCAGAUGAAUCGAUGUGAUCAAUAAUGAAGUGAGAAUCGCCUUUAUAACAGUUGAAUAUUUUUUUUUUGAGGGGAUUUGUUAUUUUUCUUUAGGUCUUGAUGAGAAUUGAUCGAAUUGAUCAAAGAAAUUCAGUGUAACGAUUUUUGAAGUCUUAAAAAAAAUUUAAAGACCAAUUGAA